AUGACACCGGAAACUGAUACCCGGCAUUCAGCACUUGUUCUUCAAACUGUCAUGGCGACCAAAACUAAAAGAAAAAAUUGGUUGGAAAUUUUAAAAAAUGCGCGUAAAUCGAGUCUUGUUCAAGAUGGUCGGUGGAAAGUCCAUUAUACGUUCGAUGACAGAGAACUCGUCGAAGAAUAUGACAUCAAAGCAGGCUUACUCGUUGUUCGAAAAUGGAAGAGAAAAACUAGUCUAGGGGCAGAGAAGAAAUGGGAAUACGAAAUUGGAGAGGAUUUGUCAACACAGUCAACUGCCAUAGAAAGCAAUUAUAUUGUGGAGAGUAAAUGUAACCCGAUGUUCGUACGAAAAGACACGAAAGAGUCGUUUCAAUGGAGGAUUCGUAAUUUACCGUUUCCAAUCGAUUUUUACGACUUAUCCGUUGAUGAAAGCAGAACGCAUAUUGUGAUAAAAACGAAAAACAAAAAAUAUUACAAAAAGUUCAACAUUCCAGAUAUGAUUCGUCACGAACUUGCCCUUGACGCCAAGUCAAUAUCGAUAGCUCACGCGAACAACACACUUAUAAUAAAGUACGCGAAACCGAGGGAAAUAUUGGAGCAAGAGAAGUUGAUCCUGAAGGAACUGGAGAAAAAGCAACACUCACGGGAGGGAGACGUUGAGUGUAAUCCGAGUUAAAAAUCCACGAACGCGAUUACCAUUCAAAAAACUCGUUAGAGAGUUGGCAUGAGUACUUUCAUGAGAGUUGGCAUGAGAGUUGGCAUGAGUAAUUCUCGUCAUUUUUGCGUCAGGUCAAUGUUUACAUUGAAGCCUUCCGCGAUAAGUCUUCAAACAAUUUUUUAAUGGAAUGCGUCAGCGUGUAUAUCAACGUUAAGAUGACACCUAUUGUGGUGACUAAGGCAAAUAAAACAGUCAUUUCAUUUUGA